GACGGCCGGCCCUAUAAUCAAUGGUAAAUGAUGCGUCGUACCGGUGAUUCUGUCGCGCCCACCGGUCGAACCUUGUUUUAAAAGUAUUGUUUCUAUCGUAAUAUAUGUAUAUAAAGUAAGUUUUGCUCAUUACAACUGUUAAGUAUAGUCAAACAUGGGAUUAAGGAUCGUCAUUUGGUGGCGAAACACCAACAUUUUUGUGUAAUGUUGUCAAGAAAAUUGUACCGUUAGUUGAUGCUUUUAACGUGCCUGCCCUGAAGCAGUUGUGUUGAAUUUUAGUUCCCGGUGACGGCCGACAUUUACCAACGGCAAGAAGCAGUAGAGCAGUAGCAAACAGGGACCGACGACAACGGUAUUCACUAGUAAAAUGGCUGAUCACAGAGAUCGUGAGGCGUAUUAUUCUCAGUCUGAUCCACGUUCGAAAAACGACGACCCACCGAACUCGCGACUUUUUGUUAUUUGCCACAAAAGUUUGGAAGAAGAUGAUCUCCGAAAAGCCUUUGAAAAGUUUGGAAAAAUUGAGGAUAUUUGGGUUGUCAAGGAUCGCAAUACUGGCGAAAACAAGGGGGUUACCUACAUCAAAUUUUCAAAGACGUCCGAAGCCGCCUUUGCUCUGGAGGAAAUGAAUGGAAAAAUGCUGGGAAAUGUUGGGCGGCCGAUCAAAGUUAUGAUUGCAUCGAACCGAGAUCAAGGAUCGGUUAGAGAAACAAAUGAAGAGGAGAGAUGGGUGCGUUUAUUUUGUGUGUUGCCAAAGUCGAUGACAGAUGGUGAACUGCAACAGGAAUUUUCUAAAUUUGGUGCUAUAGAUUAUGUAACGGUUGUUAAAGACAGAAUUACGAAUGAUUCCAAAGGUUUUGGCUACGUAAAGUUCCGAAAAGUAUCAAGCGCGGCAAAGGCGUUUGAGGAAUGUGACAGAAAGUACAAAGCUGUCUUUGCUGAACCAAAGAAGCCAAAACCGGAUCACAGCGAUUUGAAAUAUAACAAUGGUAUAUCUGCUUCCUACGAUAACCAUGGAGGAGGAUACGGGUCCAGUAACUUUGGUAAAAGUAGUAUCAGCUUAGAAAUUGCGACUAACUAUCCAAAUGCGGAAGGGUACACACGGCUACAAGUCAUAGCACAUCCAGCGCUUAACCAAGAUCAGUUAUGGAGACUUUUUGACAUUGUUCCUGGAUUAGAUUACUGUCAUUUAAAAAUGGAUAUGAGAUACCGAAUGCCCCGAGGACAAGCUACCGUAGUUUACUCAAAUUCCAGUGCUGCUGCUUAUGCCAGAGAAAAGUUCCACGGCUUUGAAUAUCCACCUGGGCAUAGGAUGAUUGUAAAACCUGAUGUUACGGGGGGAAGCCCACAAAGGAAUACAGCUAAAGCUGGUACUUCAAACUCAGCUGGUUUAGCUGGUACCAGAACAGACUUGGCCCACUUAGCUGAGACAAUUGCGCAGGCUACAUCAUUGAUCCAAGCAGCAGGUCUCACAGCACCAAGUCUGGAACAUACAGUGAAUAUAAAGCUUCCACCAGUUGAACCAAUGGCCAGUAUCGAUGCAGAAAUUGCAAAACGAUGUUUUAUCGUAUGUGGACCACCCGUGCCUCCAAUCUAUGCUAUGAAAGAUGCUUUUUGUAGAUUCGGCAACUUGAUUGAUGUGUAUAUGCUACCGGGAAAGAAUUGUGGAUAUGCCAAAUACGCAUCUGCAGUUAGUGCUGACGAAGCUAUCAAGACAUUACAUGGUCAGGAAAUUUGUGGAUCCCGUUUGAAGGUGUUGGAAGCUGAGGAAAGGAACGUUGGGGAUGACCGCCGAAAACGACUACGAAUGGACGAAGAUGAAAAUUGAAGACUCAUUGCACGAUGACACACUGACUGGUAUACACAAGCUGGACGCACGCAACAAAAAGAGACGAAUUUUAAGACACACUGACCACGUCGGGCCUGCAGCCAAGGAAACUACUUCAACCUACUUUUAUACAAUCGCUUACGUUGGAAAACCCGAACGUUACUGAAACCUAACGUUACUUUACUUAUCCAUACUUAUUACUACACUUCACUCAGUUUAUUCGAUACCAUUAUUUCCAGUAGGCAAGCCGUGGAAGUAGUGAUUUAUUUCAUCUUAGCAUAGAACAAAGUUGAUUUUAACUAUUUGACGCAGACAAAACAGCAUAAUAUUCAUUUAUAGGGACGUAAAAACCAAGGCAAUACACGCGCGAGCGUCCGCGCGUGUUGUGUGUAUGUUCGUAUGUGUUUGUUUUAUUUUACGUUGUAAUCAAUAUUUUACGUAGUGAAACCGACUUGUCUGGAAAAAAUAACUUACUUUUUUCCAUUGUUAUUUUUUUCUUUUUGUUUCUUCGAAGUGCAAAUAUUACAAACUUUCAUACUAGCAUGUAACCGUUGCUCAGGCCUAAUUUUAUCCGUGUAUGAUAUUUAGAAAUGAAAUUUCAAUUGCGUCUCAUUUAGUAAUUUAUAUUUUCGUGUUUAUAUUGAAACUCAGAAUAGUUUUAAUCGUUGCGAAGCUGUACGUUGUGAAAACGUAAAUCUACUAACAAAAAAAGGAAGCAAAAAAAAUUAUUGUAUAUUUUCGUGAAGGUCUUCGUAAUGUACAUACAUAUACGGUGCGUACUGUCUAAAUACCUACUUAUUAUUUUAUGAAAGGAUUGCACCGAGUAGUAAAAAAAUCGUUUCCUUUUUGAUUUUAUUUUCUACAAAUGAUGAGAUAAUAAUCGACUCGUUGAAUCCAUUGGGUUGAAUAUUUGAAAUGUAAUGCUGAUAUAUUUUAAUGGAAUUAAGCGAAAAUUACGAGUUGAUUUAAUUCAUCUUAAUUGCUAAUUCAAAAUGCAAUAACACAUGUAUGGGACAACAUAUUUUAUAUUUAAAGAAUUUCGAUACAAUCAUCAAUCAAAUUAAAUUAAAUUAACUUAAAUUCUCAUUCAAAUUUGAAGUUGAGUAUUCAAACAUAUAGAUAUUAUAUAUUGUAGAACAAUCAAUUGUCAAUGAUCGAUGGCAACUACGGUAGUUCAUAACAAUUACAAACCAAUCGUGGCUUGUAAUCGUAAUCAUUGCAGGCGUUAAAUUUUUAAUUUGCGAUCUUAUGUAGAUAGGUACUUUUUACAUGACUGUAACUGACUUAUCCUGAAGAAAUCAAAUACACAUUCUCUACCAAAA